AGCCCUCUGAUCCCAACAAUGAACAAUAAUAGCGGGAUGUAAAUAAAUCCCGCCAGGUGACAGCUUAAUAAUAGUUAAUGUCAACUGUUACCAUUGGCAAUUUUUGAGCAUUUGUACAGUGUUCGCCAAGUUGGAAGUUUCAGUAAGAUUUCAUCUCUCGUCUUUACUUUUACACGUUUUAAAACUCUUUAAAUAUCGGAAAAUUCGGAGAAAACAUAUUUCAAAUUCUAAACACUGUCGUGCAGAACUUUCCUAGCCCUUCCUAGUCAAACUUAAGAAUGUCGAACACGAGACUAGAUCUACUGCAUCUUCGUUCAGUAAAAAUAAAAGCCAAGAAGGAUCUGCAUCCAUUUCAUGAUUCAUCUGCCUCAGAUCAAGAAAGAAGGAAUGCCUAUGGAGAUGGUGAACUCGAAGAUGAUUUCAUUGGAUUCAGCCCUCAAGUGUCUCAUACAAAUACUCAAUCCAAAAAACCGAGAAUGUCAAUCAGUGGCCAAGAAAAUGCAGCAAAAUUGAACAAGACGGGAGACUGGGAGCACCAACUGAAAAGGUUCUUUCUCAAGAAAACCUGCUACUACUACUAGACAAA